AUGCCGUGGUUCGUUAAGCGGCGGGACCUAUCUCUUGCAGACAUCUCCAAUGAAGCUCUUCAGCAGCUCACCAAGCUGCUUUACAUGGAUACCGCCGACUACUUUGGCCAUCGGGCUGGAGACUGGCUCGCUACACAAGAGCAACAAAUCAAGGGGCUCGACGUUACGCUGCUGCGCCCAAGAAAUCUACUAACUCUCUUCACCCUCGGCAUAUGCGGGCAAAGAUUAUCCCUUUACUCUGAGGGACCGAGACUAUGCACAGCACAUAAAGCUCUAGACUCGAGAAUCGUCCGAUGUAUACUGCAGUUGGUUGCGGACGAGUGUACAAUCCAGACGAACCGGUAUCGAAGCCUACGACUCAAGAAGAUGCUGAAACCUUCACUGGAGGAUUGGAUGAAGAGAAUCGAUUCUAUAACGGCGCUUUGGUUGGGCGAAUACAAGUUUCAGCGUCUCUUUGGGUGUCAUCUCAGGGGUGGGAUGCCGGAUUGCGUCAGGACCAAGUGCGAGGCGUGUAUGCUUGCUGUGAUUGGUGGCUCUUCGAUAUAUCUUACGGAUCUUCGGGCAAGUGUGUUGGCGAGACAGAUGUAUAAUACGGAGCUUACGGGGCGGGAAUACAGGAGACCGCGAUUGCUAAGGGUGAUUGAUUCGUGGAUAUCUUUCUUUCAGGAGGACGGCCAGAAGGAUAUUUGUGAAUCUAGCGAAGCUAUGGCGAGUGAGAUUGUCGAAAUGCGCACAUUGGCGAGGAAGAAGAGAGAUAAACGAGAUGAGAGACGGAGGAGGAAGGGAAAACUGCCCAGAGUUCGCAAAAACAUGAGAGUGAGAUUGACAAAGGAGGGACUACCGAUUCCACGACAGCCGAGACUUCGAAGGCGUGAUAGGGAGAAGCUUGCCAGGAAGACUGAGAAGAAGAUGGAGACGCUAUUGUCACUUCAGGAGACGGUAGUUGAGCAAGAGGAACAGGAGCCGGAAUCUUUUCCCCGUCUUGUUGUAGACAAGGAGUGUGAUUGCACGAGAACUAGAUACUCAGCUCAGAAGAACAACGUCACUACGGAGACGAUGACGGAUUCCAAGCCUGAUGGGCAGAAGAAACACGACUUUUGGGAAGACACGUCAUUAGACAAAGAUACAUGCGAAAAGAAAGCCGUCGAAGAAGAAUUUUUGGUGCAAGGCCACCGCCAGCUAACCCUUGACGACGACGCAUCCUAUAAAAGCAUCAGCAUACAGAACAAGCUCAGCUUCGACACAAACACAACUUCAAGUUGGACAAGCAAAGUAGAAGAAUCGCCACACAUCGUUCAACUGCCCCACGGCGAAGACGUCUUGACUCGUGGGGACACGGCAUCGAGCGUGUACUCUUGCGAUGAACAGGUCAAAAGCCAGACGAAGCCGACGACGAUGUUUGAUGCAGCGCUUUCGGCGAUUUCUGGGUAUUUUACGCGCGAAACAGCGACUCCAGCAUCGUUGCGGCUGACAAAUGGGAAUGUGGAUUAUUCUAAGAUGGAGAGAGAGUGGGAGAGGAGUGAGAAUCACAAGGCGGCUUUGGCGAUGUUGGAAGGGAGAGAGGAGGAUGAAGAUGCUGCGUCGUGCUAUGAGACGAUGGGGUGGGGAGGACCUAGUAGGUGA